UCUCCACGAGAAGCUACGCAAAGCUGACGGGAAGGGGAGCCGGGACUGGAGGAGAAGAGGGUGUCUCUGAAGAAUGAGGCCCAGGAAAAUGUCUGAAGUGCUCUCAGUCCUUUUCCGGCUCCUGCUGCUUUUAGGUGGGGUGGCUUCUGUGACUUUCCAGCAUCAUCGCUAUGAUGAUCUCAUACGGACCUUAUACAAGGUACAUAACGAGUGUCCCCACAUCACUCGAGUUUACAGCAUCGGCCACAGCGUCAAGGGAAGACAUCUCUAUGCCCUGGAAUUCAGUGACUUCCCAGGAAUGCACGAGCUGUUGGAGCCAGAAUUUAAAUAUGUUGCAAACAUGCAUGGGAAUGAAGUGCUAGGGAGAGAGCUGCUGCUCCAGCUUUGCGAGUUCCUGUGUGAAGAGUACCGCCAGAGGAAUGAACGUAUCAUCCGACUGAUCCACAACACAAGAAUUCACAUCCUGCCUUCCAUGAAUCCAGAUGGUUAUGAAGUAGCUGCAGCCCAGGGGCCGGACAGCAAUGGAUAUCUUACUGGUCGGAACAAUGCCAAUGGAAUAGACCUAAACCGAAACUUUCCAGAUCUUAACACCUACAUGUAUUACAAUGAGAAGAGUGGAGGACUCAACCACCACUUACCUCUUCCAGAUAACUGGAGAAGUCAGGUGGAACCAGAAACUGAAGCUGUUAUAUACUGGAUGGAAUCCAACAACUUUGUCCUUUCUGCCAAUCUUCAUGGAGGUGCAGUAGUAGCCAAUUACCCAUAUGACAAAUCACGUGAGCACCGGGUUCGGGGUUUCCGUCGUACCGCUGAUACUCCCACUCCGGAUGAUAAGCUUUUCAGAAAGCUGGCCAAAGUCUAUUCCUAUGCACAUGGAUGGAUGCACCUGGGCUGGAACUGUGGCGAUUACUUUCCUGAUGGCAUCACCAAUGGGGCUUCCUGGUAUUCUGUCAGCAAGGGCAUGCAAGACUUCAAUUAUCUCCAUACCAACUGCUUUGAAAUCACUCUGGAACUGAGUUGCAAUAAGUUUCCGCGCCAGGAGGAGCUGCAAAGGGAGUGGCUUGGCAACCGAGAGGCACUGAUUAGUUUCCUAGAAGAGGUUCACCAUGGCAUCAAGGGAAUGGUUCUUGAUGAAAAUAACAAUGGCAUUGCAGGAGCAGUAAUUUCUAUUGCUGGGAUUGCUCAUGAUGUUACUUCAGGUAAGCAAGGUGAUUACUUCCGACUGCUAUUACCCGGUACUUACACUGUCACUGCCACAGCACCUGGGUACUAUUUGGAGACAGCAACUGUGACAGUUGGACCUGCAGAGGCAAUGCAGGUUAACUUUCAUCUUAAAAAAUACAGCUUAGAAAAGACUAAAGAAAUCACUGAGCAAAAAGAGAAAAAAGAGAAAAAAGCCCCUGUCAAAGCUUCCAGUGGAAAAACCCUCCUAAAGAAGGUGGCAUCCCGAGAAACUGGCAGAGAGACACGGAGAGGCAGGCCCUGAUCAUGCACAUGGACUCUGCUCACUGUUGCCUUAAACCCAGUCACUUCGAGCAGGAUGAAGAAAAACCAAGAGGCACGCUUGAUGAGAGCCUAUUAUACCUGAUAUUAAAUAAGAUGAAUUGUCUAUUUUGUAACCUGUGAGGUAUUUAAAUACAAAACUAAUUCAGAAAAAAAAGGGUAUUCUCAGUUUGUUUUUCAGUUCUGGAGAUGUCCUAGAAACUACAAGAGGUUACAAACAAGAUCCUGGCAUUUUAGUUAUAGUGUAACUGAAACUAGCAGACUAGUUUAUGUCCCUUACAGGAGUAUUAACAUUUUAUGUUUUUAAAAUUUUAUUUGGUAUCAGGAUAUAAGUCACUUGAUACCCGUGUGACCUUGAACAAAUUCCUCGACCUCUAAUCCUCUGGGGACCAGAUGACAGUUAAAAUCCCUUUGAAUUUUAAUUCUAAAACCCUCUGCAAAAAGUAACCCAUUCUCAUGUGCAAGUCUGCCAAGGAGGCAAAAUUACCCAAAAUUAUCUAGUUUCUUGGUGAACAAAUAUUUACAAAAGGAGUCUGAUGUAAGAUACACUCUUUUUUUUAGGGUUUUUUAGAUUAUCUCAUUUCAUUUCCCAAUUUAUCCUCUAUCUCUCUUUCUUGAUUUUUAAAAUCUUUUGGAGCUCUUCCAAGAAUUCUUUUAGGGCCUGAUGCCAACUCAUCUUUUUCUUUGAAGCCUUGCAUUUAGCUACUUUGACAUUAUUCCUCUUCUAAGUUUGUGUUUUCCUUAUCCUCAUAGUGACCAGAUUCUUUUAUAGUUAAUUGAUCAUAAAUAGCUUAUGUUUUUAAAACAUGUAAAAGUUGUUCUUUGCUCCAGGGGUAGAGGGGACACUAUUUUCCUUGCUGCUGUUUUCUUGUUUUCAGAGGUAAUUCUGAAGAUUUAUAAGUUUUUAGUUCUUUCUAGGUAGCAUGAUUUAAGGAGCAGUGUGUUUACUAUUCUCCUGAUCUAUGGCUACCAUAAGGAUUUUUUCUGCCCUGUUCAGGGUUUCUGCACCCCUGUGGCUAUGAGUUCUAAUGUGUUAAGAUUCCUCUUUUUUUUUUUUUUUGGAGAAGUCACAUCAAGUUUAUUGUUGUAACUGAGUUGCUUUACAUUGAAAUAUUCAUCCCGUGUUCAAUUAGUUUUACAGUUUGAUUUUGAAGAAAAAAACUGAUUUGGCUUUUUUAAGCUCCAAAAUAUUGUUCAUGAUUCAAUUUUCCCACAGAUCAGUGCCUAUUUUUCUUGAAGGUCAGUAUUCAAUUUCUUCAGUUCUCUUUUUGUUACAUGUUUUUGGUGUGUUUUUUUUCAUUAUCCUUUAAAAAAAUUAUUAAAGCUUUUUAUUUACAAAACAUAUACAUGGGUAAUUUUUCAACAUUGACCCUUGCAAACCUUCUGUCCUAAAUUUUCCCCUCCUCCCCCCCAACUCUAGAUGGCAGGUAGUCCAAUACAUGUUAAAUAUGUUAAAUCCAAUAUAUGUAUACAUAUUUAUACAGUUAUCUUGCUGCACAAGAAAAAUCAGAUCUAGAGGGAAGAAAAAACUUGAAAAAGAAAACAAAAUGUAAGCAAACAUUAACAGAAAGAGUGAAAAUGCUGUGUUGUGAUCCACACUCAGUUCCCACAGUCCUCUCUCUGGAUGUAGAUGACUCUCUUCAUCACUGAAUAAUUGGAGCUGGUUUGAAUCAUCUCAUUGGUGAAGAGAGCCAAGUCCAUCAGAAUUGAUCAUCAUAUAAUCCUUUUGUUGCUAUGUACAGUGAUCUCCUGGUUCUGCUCAUUUCACUCAGCAUCUGUUCAUGUAAGUCUCUCCAGUCCUCUCUGUAUUCAUCUUGUUGGUCAUUUCUUACAGAACAAUAAUAUUCCAUAACAUUCAUAUACCACAAUUUAGUCAGCCAUUCUCCAAUUGAUGGGCAUCUACUCAGUUUCUGGCCAUUACAAAGAGGGCUGCCACAAACAUUUCUGCACAUGUGGGUCCUUUUCCCUCCUUUAUGGCCUCUUGGGGAUAUAGAUUCAGUAGAAACACUGCUGGGUCAAAGGAUAUGCACAGUUUGAUAACUUUUUGAGCAUAGUUAGGAUUCCUCUUCAUCUUGUAUUUGUGACCUAAAUCCCUGUUGGAUUUAUAUCCAGUGUUAGUGAUGUGUCCCCUAUAAUCUGAUCAAUUGUUCAAUCUUCUUAUCCUUUACGGCCGAGAGCUCUGGAAGCCUCUGCUGGUGAUUCAGUCACACCCCCUCCUCCCUCAUCCCAGGCCUGUAGUGGCUUGCCAGGGUGUGUCCUGCUGCUGGUUUGUUUGGGCCUGGAUUGGAUUGUUUUACUCUGAAGAAUCUAUCUUUGUCUAAGGAGCUCCUAUCUGAAUAACUGAAAUGCCUUUUCUGCUUGUCGGUGUUGGACAAAUUCUGACCAUUUGCUUUCUUUUUCAGCAUUCCUUAUAUAAUAAGGGAAAGGGAAAAAUUUCAUCAGCAUGGAGAAUUCCUUGGGUUGGAAUUUCCUCCACAAAUAGCAGAUUCCAACAUUCAAGAUAAGUCCUAUAGAGUGAGUUAACUAUAGCACCAAGAAGUUAUCUGGCUUACCUAAAAUCACACAAUUGGUCAGAGUCUCCUUUCUUCAAGGUCAACAUUUCCCUACAUUGCCUCUAUAUAAUAAUCCUUACCAGCUAUGAACAAUUUGGUAGGACCAUAGAUUAUACAAUCUCUAAGUUUGAUUCCAGUUUUUAACCUAAAUCUCCCAUUUUAAGACGAGAAUAUGGGAUCUGAAGAAGUCACUUCAUCUUCACAAAGGAACACAUUAAACAGCACAGCCAGGAUUCAAUCCCAGAUGUUCUGACUCCAUACACACAUGCAUAUGCAUAUGCACGUGGGUGCAUGCACACACAUAAUUCCCCUUAUCAUUUCCCACUUGAGCAAAUAGAAGAAAAUAAAGCCCAUGAUAGUACAACAAAUUUUCAUAUUAAGUCAUGUCUAAAAAUGUUUCUUUUUCUUCAUGCAUUUAAAUUAACGAUUUUUCUUUUUGGAGGUAUAUGUAAUAUAAUUUCAUUUGGACUUCUGGUUUACUGUUUUCAGAAUUCUAUGAUCCUUCAAAAUUAUUUUUCUCCAUAAUGUUAUUGCACAAAUUGUUCUCUUAGUGUUCUGCUCACUUCCCUCUACAUUAGUUCAUUGGGGUCUUCUCAAUUUCCUCUGAAACUGUCUGUGUCAUCAUUUGUUAUGGCAAAAUAAGAAAUGCAUUCUUUCCACAGUAACAUCACUUCCUAUGUCACUAGAGCUUUCAUAACAAAUGUUAAAUUGCCAACAUAAUUUAUCACACAUGAGUCCAUUUAGGAACUAACCUCCACAUUUAUUAGCAAUACAUUUACAAAAGGUAGGAAAGGGAGAAGAUAAUUCAGAAUGACAUUUUCUGAACUUAUCCCCAGUUUCUGAGAUGGUACUCUAUUUUGGAGCUAUAGCAUUCAAUUGAUGACACUUUUUCCCCCUUUUUAAAUAAAAAAAGGUUUUAUUUCCCCCAAUUAUAUGUACAGACAAUUUUAAACCUUCAUGUUGAAAUUUUUGAGUCUCAAAUUCUCUCCUUUCCCUCCCUGAGAUGGAAUACAUUUUGAUAUAGGUUAUAUGUGUGCAAUUUCCAUAUUUGUCACAUUGUGACUUUUUAAGAAUUUGUAGAUCAAAAAAAUAAAAACCCAAUUCUGAAAAAAAUUGUCUUUGAUCCUGUA